GCAGCCGCGCCCAUGCCUGCAUCGAUCGAAGGUCAUCGUCCAUACAUUCGGACCUCGACCCUCUGCUUUACUGCAACCCGCGAAUAAUACUAAUCUUUCAACAACCACACUCUCCUUUCGGACACUCUCCCACACAUUCUCUUGCAAUCUCUACGCAUCAACAUGCCUCAACAUAAGCGGGGCCCGUGGUCGCAGGCCGAAGACUCGAUUCUCUUGUCCCUGGUCAAUCUUCAUGGCGCCCACAACUGGGUGCGAAUCUCCCAAGCCAUCCAGACUCGCUCGCCCAAGCAAUGCCGAGAGAGGUUCCACCAGAACCUCAAGCCCAAUCUCAACCACGAGCCCAUCUCUCCCGAAGAGGGUGUGCUGAUCGAGCAGAUGGUGGCGGAGAUGGGCAAGCGCUGGGCGGAGAUUGCCCGACGCCUGCGUGGUCGAAGUGACAACGCCGUCAAGAAUUGGUGGAAUGGGGGGAUGAACCGACGCCGCCGAACUCACAUCCAACGACGAACGGAGCUGGACGUCCGUCAUCAUCCGCAACAAGACCACAGCCAGCUCCACGGCAUGCCCAUGCAGAUGCAUCAGCAUCCCCUCCCUCCUGCAUUCACGCCGCAGCAUCUUCACCAACUCCCGCCUCAGUACUACGGCAUGCCGAUGUAUCAUCAUGGACACCCCCAGGUGGCUCAGCCGGUUCGAGUGCCCUCCAACGGCCCACCCCUCCGGCCCAUGGGUCUGAUGGAAACUCCAUUGCCCUCCCCGUCCGCCUUCUCUCACAUGUCCGCCGAGGGGGCACCACCAUCCUUGGUCUCCGACACCUCUUCCAUCUCCACCCGCUCCCCCCACAACACCACCUCGCCCAUCGAGCUUCCCCCGCUGUCGGGUGCUCGCAGCGAUCGACGACAAUCCGCUGCGCCGGUGCUUCAACUCGGCGUGCCGGCCUCGUACGUCCAGGACGGCGACAUGAGCGGCAUGUCCCCCAUGCCUCUGGCGCGAUUCGGCGAGAUGGAGCAGAAGCCAUCCCCUCGUGUGCUCCAGGAGCCAUUCAUGCCACAGCACCAUCAACACUCCGGCUUCCCCCAUCAUCCUGCACAUUACGUGCCCUCUCAGCCGCAAGCAACGCAACCCCCGCGUCUGAUGGCGCCCUACCCUCUGCAACGCCAUCACUCUCUACCGCAGCAUCACGCCAUGUCCACCCAUGGCGUUCAGCUUCCCAAGCUGGGCACACCCAUCCCCACCGUGUCUACGCUCGACGAAGGCUCGCCAAAGGACAAGAUGAGCCUGUCGAACCUCACUCACUAAUGUCUUACCUAAUUCAUCUUCUUCAUGAGCGUC